AAGGUCAUAAGGUCGGCCAUUUUGACCACUGCCUACACAUUUGAUCUCAGUGGCCACCCGAUCUCGAACGAGCAGAAUGUUUCUGCUACAGUUUUCGACAUGGGUUCAGGCCACGUGAACCCAUCGAAGGUAUUGAACCCCGGGCUGGUCUAUGAUAUCGAGCCAGAUGACUACAUCCCUUACCUCUGUGGGUUGGGUUAUAGCGACAAGCAAGUGAGAAUGAUCGUGCAGCGAAAGGUGAACUGA